AUUUGACAAAGUUAAUGUGUAAAAGCUUGUAGGUUAUAGCCCAAGGUUGGCAUCAGUCAGUUUCAUAUGGCAAGACUUGUACAGUGGUAUAGGCAGCUAAGAGGGCUAGAAGAUGAGAGUAUGGAAAUACACCAGCUGAGAGCUCCAACUAAGAAUGGUAGCAGCGGCAACAGUGUUGACAGCUAUGGAAGUAUAAGGAGUAACAAUAAUGAAGAAACACCUCUAAUGGACAGCAAAUACGGUAGCACGGAGGCUACAAGCCAACAAAGUGAAGUCACCAUUAUUAGCAAUGGAUCCACUGCUAACUUGAUUCAAGAUGCACAAAAAGAAGAUACCGAUAGAUCAAAAUCAUGGCAACCAUCCAAAGCAACCAGAGAGAAGUUAAAGCAAAUCAAAGUUGCUCUGCUCUUUAUAGCGACAAUCAUGUGUUCUGUCUGGGUUGGCAUAUCUGAAGAACAUGAAGAGGAGCUACAUCAGUUUUCAGUAUCGGCUUACCAGCCAUUAAGUUUGGACAUAACUCCAGGUGCGGGUCAGAGCAUAGUGAAAGUGAUGAUCAGUGGACCCUUUGUUAAAGCCCUGGAUGACCACGGAGACUACGAGAACAAUAUGACACUGACGUUGGCUAACUCUGCUGCAUUUGACAAUGGGACUCAGAAACCGGCGGUCAAACUGCAAUCAUCGGCUAUCCAGCAGGAGACUUUGAUACUUUCUAAGGAAAAUGCUUCCUAUGAAACUGAAGAAUAUACAUAUUUGUUUGACUUCACAGGCCCUGAUGAGGAGGGGCCAUUCAAAUUAAGGCUGAACACUACCACUGCCUAUGGGGUCCCUGUGUCUCUGUCCUAUCUAACACUUCCAGCAGAUAGCCACAAUGCUGUGGUAUAUGCGGCCAUUGUUCUACUUGGUGUUUAUGUCCUCAUUGUGUUUGAGUUGGUUCACAGGACCUUGGCGGCAAUGAUGGGAUCAAUGGCCGCCCUGGCUGUGUUGUCUGCGAUGAAUGAGAGACCAACAAUGUCUACCGUAAUCUCAUGGCUUGACACAGAAACAUUGUCACUGCUGUUUGGAAUGAUGGUAAUGGUGGCCAUUUUCAGUGAUACUGGGUUCUUUGACUAUUGUGCAUUAUUGGCCUACAAGUUAGCCAAGGGCCAAGUGUGGCCACUGAUGACCAUCCUGUGCUUCUUUGGAGCUGUUGUGUCAGCCUUCUUAGACAAUGUGACUACCAUAUUACUUAUGACGCCAGUCACUAUAAGGUUAUGUGAAGUCCUCAACCUGGAGCCUAAACAUUUGCUCAUUGCUAUUGUGUUGUUCUCUAAUGUCGGAGGCACAGCUACUGCAAUCGGUGACCCACCCAAUGUGAUCAUAGUCUCAAACUCCUAUCUUAAGGAGAAGAAUAUAACAUUUGCCAACUUCACAGGACACAUGAUACUGGGUAUUCUGUUUGUGUUAAUUGGUGCCUAUGGCCUCCUUAGAGUUCAGUACAGAAAUCUUGCCAACCUCAAAAACAAAUUCCCCCCAGAAAUCGCAGAAUUGAAGCAUGAGAUUAAAGUAUGGCGUCGCAGUGCAAAAAGGAUAGCGUCUGUCACCAGAGAGGAAAGUGUGGUGAAAGCAUUGCUCAUGCAGAAAGUUGUCACACUGGAGAAUCUGGUGAAGAAAAAGCUUUAUAAAACCAAGCGGAGUGUUGAAAAAGACUUUAAAGAAAGUGUUUCCGAGCUGGAGAAAAAGUACCGUAUCACUGACCACUGGCUAUUGCUGAAGUCCAGUAUAGUGCUGCUGGUUGUUAUACUGGCCUUCUUCCUCCACUCUUUUGUUACACAGAUGCAUUUGGACCUAGGGUGGAUUGCAAUAAUUGGUGCUAUAUGGUUACUGGUGCUGGCCGAUAUUGAAGACUUAGAGAGCGUUUUUCACAGAGUGGAAUGGGCAACGCUGCUCUUCUUUGCUGCAUUGUUUGUGCUCAUGGAGGCACUGACAGAGCUUGGUUUGAUAGAGUGGAUAGGGGAUCAAGUUGUAGCCCUUAUAAGGACAGUUGAUGAGGAGUACAGACUGGCAGUGGCCCUUAUUCUCAUCUUGUGGGUCUCGGCUAUAACUUCCAGCUUCAUUGACAACAUUCCCUUUACAACUGCUAUGAUUCCUGUUGUGAUUCAUAUUGAAGAAAGUAUUCAGCUUCCUAUAGAGCCAAUGGUGUGGGCUCUAGCAUUUGGAGCUUGUCUUGGAGGGUUGGUUUUCCUAUGA